UGGCGCUAUCGUACUUUCGUUUUGUGUGUCAGCGCAUAGAAUACUUUGCGUAUCUCAAAUCAGUGUGUUGGGUUUAUCUUGAAGUUCUGUCAAUGCUGUGAACAAGAGUGACAUUCUGGAAGUGCCAUUUUGGUUGCCUACACUGUCACUGUACUUGGAACCAUGAGAACAGGAUUAUGUCACACUCGGGUGAAGUAUUUGCUGCUUGCGUUCAACUUUUUGUUGUGGCUUCAUGGGAUGGCAAUCGUGGGUUUUGGGAUAUGGAUCCUCGUCUCAAUCCCAGAGGAGGGAUAUACUGAAAUUAAAGAUGACGAAGUUGACGAAGUGCUGAAGAUUGUAGGUGGCACGCUUAUCGCUGGGGGUUGUGCCAUCGUCAUCGUCGGAAUUAUCGGAUGUCAUGGAACCAUCAAGGAAAACCCGUGUCGUCUCCUUGGGUACUCUAUAAGCUUGUUUAUCAUCUUCGCCGGCCUACUGGGAACUGGAGUUGUGAUAAUCAUCAAAAAAGACAAAAUUGAAAGUAAGGUUAAAGAGACGCUGAAAACAAACAGUUCAAUUUUGACGGUCCUGCGGAAAAAGUGCCCCAAUGCGACCGAGGACGACGUGACGGCCUGUACAGCCACCAUCAUGAGAUACCCUACUAUAGUGGCUGGCCUUUCCAUCGGUUUUGCCCAAGUCAUGAUUCUUGGACUGGUGUUCUCACUAUCAUUCCACUGCACCAAGUGACGACGCACCACCAGAGGGACAAGACGAUGUGUGUAUUCACGACUGGAGAGAGAGCUUUAUUUCAGUAAAGGGGCCAUGGCCCAUUAUACAAUACAUCAUAUAAGAGUUAGACAAUUUCACGACUGCUCUUGAUUCACGAUGUUUCUGUCCGGCGCCAGGCAACAAACAAACACUUACUUUUUUAAGCAAAUUGUGUUAAUUGUGUUAAUUGUUGGUGCCACCGGCAGAGGGGGACAUGCUUACCAUUAUACUGGUUUUCAUUGACCAAUUCUAUAAUAUUCACAACUAUUUUGCCUUUUACACCCAGUACGUUAUAUAUUCACGAUGGCUUACAUCCGGCGGUGAUGAGCUGUCAUUUAUGUCCUCAUGUUCCUUGAAAGUGGAUAUAUAUAUCUUUAUCGAUAAUAUCGCCUUAGAAAAAAAAAAUAUUUUGAAAAAAUUGGUUAAAGACUUGCAUAUCUUCAAAUAUCAAAAGAACAAAUCACGGAAGCCUUUAAAAUCAGCCCUGCAGACACAGCUGUACUUACAUAUACAUUUAAAGUGUAGUUUUGUCCAAAACACUCAUGAUUUUCAAUGACCAGUUCACAUGAUUUUUAUCACACCUUUUACGCCAAUUUGUUUCGGGUGAUAAUUGAGACUCAUUAUUUUCAAUUGAAAUUAAUAAUGCAUAGUACUCAUCCAUAUGAACAUAUCUAAUGGCAAUUUCUAAAGCUUUUUCAAUGUCCGCAAUUUUGAAGAUCCAGCGGGACAAACGGGGCUCUUAUCACUCCUUGUCACUUUAAUCUCAAGAAGAUAUUCAGUUUGUGUAUUGAGUUCGUUUGAUCAACUGACGGGGUUGUAUGUUAUCUCGAAUAAUAGGGAAGUAGAAACAUUUCAUUUGUAUUUUUGUAUACGCCGUUGUUCAAACUGUAAAUAUAUUUGCGAGGGCGUGAACGAUCUCUAUGGUGAACCCCUAUACGGGUUUUCCAGAUUGGUAACGCACUGAGCCAUUGUUGUGUCAGAGUGAGUGAGUGAAUAUGGUUUUACGCCGCUUUUAGCAAUAUUCCAGCAAAAUCACGACGGGGGACACCAGAAAUGGGCUUCACACAUUGUACCCAUGUCGGGAAUCGAACCCGGGUCUUCGGCGUGACGAGCGAACGCUUGUUGUAUCAGAAACUAUCACCUGCAUUUACAUGUACAGUAAACUACGGUUAUAACGAACACGCUUAUAACGAACUGACGGAUAUAACGAACUUACUUUUUUGGUCCCGACUAUUUGCUGUAGUUAUGCUGUAUAUAUGCUUAUAACGAACUACGGUUAUAACGAACUAAAAUUAGUAGUCCCUUGGAGUUCGUUAUAACCGUACUUUACUGUACUUUCUUCUCUCACCCGUGGUUUCCGAGGAGGAAUAUAGUCCCCAACAGCCUUUGCUUUUCCCGAGAGGCGGGACUGCUUCCGUGCUCUAGUAGAUAGGCGUGUGCCUGGAGAGCAAAAGGUCGGUGGUUCGAUCCCCGGCCGCGUCAUACUGAAUGAAUUAACAGAUGGUACUUGUUACUCUUCUUGACCCUCAAAAUUGAGGGUCUAAAACAAGGACUGGUCGGUUCGGAGCAGUGUGCUGAGUGGGGUAUCCAUGUUAAACUGCAGCGGGGUAUUUCAGUGGGCUAGCACUAUACAGCCGAUAUUAGUCCGGACAAGUACAGACAGCCACACACACGCGCGCGCGCGCGAGCCACACACCCACACACACACACACACACACACACACACACACCGCUCUAUAGAACGUUACGCUUAAACCCCAUUUCACGUCACUUCACCUUAAAAGGCGGCUUAAUGGAUCGGGUGGUCAGGCACAGUGUACAGAACUAACGUUAUUUUCUAUCAUGUAUCAUACAUCAAGCAUAAUAAAGUAGUUUCGUUUCAAAUG